AUGAAUCAUCCUUCUGAAUCACGAUCAUCCUUUUCUGAUUCCUCUUAUCAGUAUGAGUAUCAUCACACUUUUCACAAUGUUUGCUUUUCAGCCCUUUUUAAACCUGUCUUGAUAGGUAUUUUCAGCAUUCCAUUAUCACCAUGAUUUUCCUCUUCCUCCUUGCUCUUUUCGCGCCUUCCAAUGCUCAACAACUGCUCGAUCUGAAGUCGUUCAAAGGCGGCGGCGACACGAAGAUCGACGCGACGGGACCGUAUUCCAUCUACGUUUCAGCGUCUUCUGAUGCCGCUGAAACUUUGAAGCAAGUCUAUGUGAAGACGUCCGACAAUCAGAUCAAGUCUCUGUACGAUCUGAAGAACAACAAAUAUCUCCAAGACUCGGGAUUCCUCCAACCGUUCCAAGUGGACAAGGAGGCGUACGUGUCAACUGUGCUCAGUGAUCAGGAUUUGAGUGCUCUCAAGGGAUUCUUGUAUGUCACAACUGCCCAACAGCUUGCAAGUGAGUUGACAUUAAACAAUUAUACUGGUUUUCUUAGAAAAUAUCUUCAGAUUCUAACGGAUUCUUUGUGUACGACGUGGUGACGGCCGAGACGGUCAACAUCGGAGGCGUUCAGACGUCUGACAACUGUACCGUCGUUCUUCUGAACUCCAACUUUGACACACUUCCCUGGAUGUCCACUACCAUCAGCUCGUGGUCUCAAUCCGCCGACGCUGCUGCCUCUGUUUCGAUCUACGAAGGAAUUCCGACAGACUCUGAUGAGAAAGCCAACUCGCAGUUCUUCUCAAAUCCCGCUGUUCUGCCAAAUGGAGACACAGUGUAAGUCUUUCCUAAACUGAAGGUCAAUCCAUUCUGAAGACUUCUAGGUAUUUCACAAACGUCGAAAAGUUCUCGGUGAGCCUGGGCGCCUUCUAUCUUAAAGUUUACAAAGGAGUCGAGAUUGUGAUCGAGCCAGCAUACAGUAAGAAAAUGAAUACUAUCGCAUUCCUCAACACAGUUUUGCAGCCGAAAUUGACGGAUCCCAGACGAGUGCGUUCACCACGACCGGUCUCUACAUGAAGCCGUUCAAUCAGGCCGACAAGAAGAUCACUGUGCUCACCGCCCGUGAUCCUCAAUACAACGGAACGACCGGAGCGAAUGUCGUUGGAAGUGUGCCCGUGACUGCUACAGUAUCCCUUUCGGAGAACGACGGCGAUCAGCACUCGGGGAUCAAACUGAACCCGGCCGACCAGAUCAGAGGGUUCAGCACGUCCGCCAUCGGACAGAACUUCACGAUUGAAUCGAACGGAGCCACUGCUGGAGAGUUUUUCGUUCAGUAUUUCGUCAUUCGUGAGUCACUCUGAUUUCAGGACAGAAUUUUUGAUCAGUUUGUUUACAGAAGACGCACAAGUGAUUGGUCAGACCACUGCCGGUCCCUUUGAGACCACGACCAAGUCCACAGCUUUUACCACCUUCUUCACUUCUCUUCUGGUCCCCGUGAUUGGAGCGAGACUGCUGUGA